AUGGUCCAGAUUACUCUUCCCGAUAACUACGGCGCCGUCAUUGCCGUCGCGCUCGGCGCCAUCCCCGUCCUGGGCUUCGUCCAUGGCACCAUCACCACCGGGUUCCGCAAGCCCGCCAAGGUCCCUUACCCGCACAGCUACGCCUCCAUCGAGCAAUGCAAGGAGAAUGCCAAAGCCGAGCAGUUUAACUGCGCCCAGCGCGCCCACGCCAACUUCCUCGAGAAUGCCCCCCAGACCAUGCUCUUCACUCUCGUAGCCGGCCUGAAGCACCCCGAGCUGGCGACGGGCAUUGGCGCCUUGUGGGUGGUUUUCCGCUCCUUGUUCUUGUACGGCUAUGUCUACUCGGGCAAGCCUCAGGGCAAGGGCCGCAUGCUAGGCGGCUUCUUCUGGUUCGCGCAGGCCGCUCUCUGGGGUCUCAGCGUGUUCAGUGUCGCGCGGGAUUUGAUCUCAUUCUAA